GAGUAUCUGUGCGCGGCUUUGUUAUGAUUCGGAAUUCCUUAGUAUUUUAGUAAAGUAAGCAACAAUUUACAAAGGAAAGUUUGUCGGUUCCAAAACGAGCUCUUGUUGUUAACCUGUCUACUACAUUCACGUCAUACUCAUACGGUUAGUUACCGUCCCUGCUGCACCGCACUGUUGUUUUCGACGUUAUUGUGUUAAUUUCGUCUCGCAUGAACUUCGUUAGUGAUAAAUUAAAGUGAUUAAAGUGUCCUAUUAAUUUUAGUGCCAAAAAUGGCAUUAAGUCAGGACGAAUCUAGUAAACAAGUGGUAAGGGUGGAUCAAGAUUCGGAAACAGAUUUGCAGGCUUUGUUUGAUAGUGUGUUAAAACCGGACUCUAAAAGACCUUUACAAGUUCCGUGGAGUAUGCGAAAACUUCCCGAUUCUUUUUUCAACCCUCCGUCGACGGGAUCGAAAUCUAUUAACCAUUCUAGAGAAAAUUCGGUGGAUUCGGCUUUCGGGUCAUCAAGCGGGGGCGGUGGCAGUGGAACCGGCGCCACAGCUGUCAGCACUGUGCCAUUACAAAAUCAACAUCACCGUGCCCAUAGUUCCCCAGCUUCCUUACAACAAACCUAUGCAGUAGGACAACAAACAGCCCCAAGUCAUCAUCAUGUAAAACAACGUUCAUACGACGUGGCUACUAAGUCGUCCGAGGACAGCACUCCCCUUCCCCCUGGCUGGGAACAAGCUCGCACCCCAGAAGGACAGGUGUAUUAUCUUAAUCACUUAACACGCACAACAACAUGGGAAGAUCCAAGAAAGACGCUAGUAACUCAAGCGGCAGUCCAACAGCAUCAGAGUGCGGAGCAGUUGUUACCUGCACAUCAAGUGGCCCAAUCACAAUCACCUACCCAAAGUUCAGCUUGCACAGCUAAAGCAAACACAGACGUUGAUUUGGGACCUUUACCUGAGGGAUGGGAACAAGCACAAACUCCAGAGGGAGAAAUUUAUUUCAUUAAUCAUCAAUCUCGUACUACAUCAUGGUUUGAUCCUCGGAUACCUCAACAUUUACAACGAACGCCAGGGGGCACCAGUAUUCUUCAACAACCGUGGCAGCAUACAAGUACUUUAUCACCGCAAUCAUCGCCGGCCAAACAGCAGCAGCUACGUCUACAGCUUUUGCAACUAGAACGUGAACGUUUAAAACAGCGACAGCAGGAAAUUAGACGACAACAAGAGCUAAUGUUACGUGGGAGUAAUACGGAAUUGCCGAUGGAUCCUUUUCUGUCGAGCCUUACCGACCAUUCUCGUCAGGAAUCUGCAGACAGUGGAUUGGGUAUGGGAACCACAUAUUCGAUGCCACACACACCUGAAGAUUUUUUAUCUAACAUGGAUGACAACAUGGACGUUGCCAGUGAGAGUCAUACGAUGGACACACCGGAUAUAUCAUCUUUAAGUGACAAUAUUGAUUCUACGGAUGACUUAGUGCCUACUUUACAAUUAGGUGAAGAAUUUCCAAAUGUGAUGUUAGACGAUGUCCAAAGUCUAAUAAACGCGCCUACAACAAAGCCUGACAAUGUGCUCAUUUGGUUGUAAGCAAAAAACGAAGGAUCAUUUAAGUGCCUGGUAUGCUCAUUUCUUAAAAUUUACUAGUAUUUUCUAUGUUUAUUCUACAUAAAAUGCAAAAUGGGGGUACCUCAUUGUCCUAUUUAUUUUUAUUUAUGGCUAAGCGAGUAAACCUUCUCUACUUAAUCAGUGGGAAUAAAUAAGACUGAAUACUGAAAGGGAUUAAAGUAAUUUUAGAGUCAUAUACAACCUGUAGAGAGAUCGCUGAACAAAGAUGAGGUGCCAUCUAUUUGUAUUCAAUUAUUGGAAUCGUUUCGAUUUAUAAUUGUGGAAAUCAUUCACAAGGUAGUGGAUAAGGUAGUUACUAAUGUAAGUUUGCAAUAUUUCUUAACGUACGCUUUAAAUUGCAAUAAUAUCUCUUAAGCUGUAUUGUUGAAACUUUGUUUUCUCAUUUUCUUAACGUUUAAAAAUCACUUUGUUGCACUGCCAAGACUACUUACACACUGUAUGUUUGUGAAUGUACCUGCAAUAAAUAAUGAAAUGCGACUAACAGUGACGCAGGUAAAAUAAGCUGUUCACUAAUUGAUAAUUGUCUACUAUUGUCAAACAAUAGCGGAGUUUAAUUGUCAUCAACUUUGAUAGUACAGUACGACGGGCAGCUUGUUUGUUGUAUAACAUUUAUAGUUAAUGUUGAGCAAAUUGUGUUAAUUAUUUAUUAUAUGUUAUUUAUUGAACUAUUUUCUUUUUCAAAACUGUGAAACGGGCCUUCAAAAUUGCUGUAGUUGCGAUUUCAAAAUUCAACAUUAUAUAGUAGGUACAGUGUGGGGGAUAGGUUUAAUUGAUACAGUACUAUUAUGUUAAGUAGUUUAUAAAGUAGAGUAGGAUAGGUAUUAUAAUUAUAGCAAUAUUAUUACAGUAACAGAAGCAAAUGAUUAUAAUCAAACUUAAAUAGCCUCACACUAGUAAUAAGUAAACGCUUAUCAUUGGCCUUUUAUAGUACUGAAUAAGCAACGAAGAGAUUACAUAUUGCGUACUACUUAAAUUUAUAUACUUAGGUAAGAUUGAGAGCUAUAUGAGUAAAGUUAGUUAAUUAUUUGUGUGGUAUUUACACUCAAUUUGAAUGUUUAUAUAAAUAUUAUAUAUUUACAAAUUUAGGUGUGCUCAUUAUCAUCGAUAUUAAAAAAUAUUGCACAAGUAUCUUUGAUAAUGACGUUACAAAUUCGAUUCCGCCGAUACUUUCGAAUUUGUUACAUUUGCACUGCCCCGCUCGUGAUUUUGGCUGGCUCAGUUAAAGUUAUUCGCUUUUUUAUACAUUUCUUGUUAACAUUGUAAUUAAAAAAUACUGUAUUUACUUGUUGCGCUCAUUACUAAACAAAUCCAUCCAUUUUGGUGCCUUUAAUUAUUAAUGUAAAUACAUGACAAUCUUUAAUUAUAGUUGAUAGGUCUAAUGUAAUAAAUAAUUACAAACCGAUGUAUAGUGCCUUUCACUUAAAAAUUUUACUUUUAAAGGUGUAGUGUUUAAGUGCUAUAUGGCCUCGUCAAAUUAACAAAAUAAUGUUGUAAUUUUGUAUUUAUUCGACAGUAAAUUCUACCAAAGUGA